GCGUUUAUUCGCUUCCAGAACGCCUCUCGCAAGCCAGCCGUUCGGACCCUGAACUAGCCGCUGGUCUUCAGAGGGACCUCCCUUACUUUCCGUGGCCGGCUGGCUUCUUUGGAGGGAAGGGGGACCAAGGGCGGAGACCGGCAGCAUGUCCGAAGAGGCGCUCCUGAGCAUGGAUGAAGGAACGCUCUGGAAACUGCUGGAGGCCACCCUGGACUUGGCCGAGCGCAGGCAGAUCCGCUCUGCCAUCCGGGAGCUCCGCCGGCAGGAGCUGGAGCGCGACGAGGAGGCCCUGGCGUCCAAGCGCUUCCGGACGGAGCGGAGUGCCGAGCGGCAGGAGAACAAGGAGAACCGGCUGAGGUCCUGGCAGCGAGAGGAGGAGCAGCGACAACAGAAGUCUCUGGACGCCCUUUCUAGGAAACUGGAGCCCAUCCAGGAUGUGGAAGAGCUGACCGCCUUGCUGAGAGGAACUAGCGAAUAUGAGGAACGCAAACUAAUCCGGGCCGCUAUCCGCAAGCUGCGUGCUGAAGAAAUUGAGGCUGUGACUUUGGCGGGGAAAGCUUACAAUAGCCAGAGGGCUGCUGACACAGCCCUGGCACCCAAGGAGCGAGAAGAAAAUGCUGCAGGAGACAGCCGCUUACAGGUGCAGAAGCGGGCAGAGCAGGAGCUGAUCCAAGCCCGGAUCCAGGAGCCACCGGAGUCCGAGGCUGCGGGCGCUCCAGAUCCUUCUUUGGGGACUGUUCUGCUCCUGGACGCCACCCCCAGCCCCCCACCUUCCGAGUCGGCCUCUUUCCCGGAGAGCAGGACGGAGCCCGAGGCCGGCGAAGACCCUGGCCCCAGCCCCCAUGAUGGGGAUUCCGGCCCCGAACCGCAGCCCUCUUCCCAGGAGAGGGGCGACGCCGGGGGACAGGCACCCCCCAGACGCAGGGAGGUGCUGAGCUCCUCCGGAGGAGAGGCCUCCACAGAAGCUACAGACGAGGAGCGGCUGGAGACGGCCCACGCCGGGGGGGGCGCCCUCCCAGAAGAAGCACCUCACCUGAAGCUUUCGAGCAAGGAGAGAGAGAUUGUGCCUCAGACCCCAGAAGAGGAAGAAGGUGCAGCAGACCACGAGGGAGACGCCUGCUUAGCCAGUGCCCCGCACGGAGCCUCCCAACCCCCAGAGGCCGAUUGCUGCAGAGCCACUCAGCCUGCCCCGUCUCCAAAGCCUGCAGCAGAUCCUUGCCAGGAGCAGCCCUUCCAGAGAGCCGGCUCCGUCCGGGAGCGUGCUCGCAAGUUCAGCUCCGGGGCCACGAACCAGCCGGUGGUGCCCCAGAAGGGAGAGAGGGCCGGCAGAGGGCUGCCUGUCCUGCAGCAACAGCACCCCUUGCCCUCCCAGCAUGCGACCAACUUACCUUCAAGGGGCCGUGGGGGCAGCAGUGGCGGCACUGCCGUUCGGACGUUCCAGGAUGGCGGCAGGGCGCAAGAUGGGAGCCACGGUCCGGGUGCAGCCAGGACCGGUGCUUCUCAUGCCAAGACUGGGGCGGCGAGGCCCCCUUCGCAGUCUCCUGCCAUCCCUAAAGAGGCAGGCGGUCCCCGAGGGCGGAACCAGGGCAGCCAAUGGCAGGAGGGGAAGCCGCCCCCCGCCCGGUCUCGCAUUGAAAACACCCAGGGGGGCUCCACUGGCUCAGAGGCGCCCCGUGGUCAGCCAAGCAGCCCUGCCCGAAGCCCUGCGUCCUCCCUGGCCCCCUGUCCUGGUGCCGACCCCAACGACGAGAUGAAGACCCUCCUCACCAUUGAAAUCAAGGACAGCCGCCACCAGCCUUUGCGGGGCCACCUGGCGGGGGCGCCCGGGAACCAGCGAGCAGAGCUCACCCUCGGACUGAGAAGCUCGCCCCUGCGGAUCACCACCUCCAGCCAUGGCAGCUUUGAGAAGGUGGAUGCUGAGUUGCCGACGCAGCCCAAGGUGGCCUUGCUGAACGGGAUGGAAAAAGAGAAAGUCCAGGGGCAGGAAGUGCAACAGCGAGACCGGCUGAGUGCAGAAGAACUGAGCAAAAUUGAGGAAGAAGAUGUCUUGGAUAAGAUGCUGGACCAGACCAGAGAUUUUGAGGAGCGACGACUGAUCCGGGCAGCCAUGCGGGACCUGCGCCAGCGGAAGCGAGACCAGCGGGAGAAGGAGCGGAGCCAGCGGCUGCAGGAGGCAAAGGCGAGGGGGGCCUGCCACGCGACCGAGACCACCUCCCAGCAGAGCAGCAUGUCGGCCGACGGCUCGUCCAUCAGCACAGUCACCAAGGCCCAGCGCCUCGUCCAGUCCAGUGACGGCAGCAAAGCGUCCCACACACUGAGGAUGGAGGCAAGCUACACAAAGAGAUCAGAAAAAGAUGGCAACACCUUUGUCCAGACCAAGUCCUACAGCUCAUCCUCUUCCAAGAAAGUGGGCAGCAUCUUCGAGCGGGAGGAUCCGAGCCCCGGGCGCGGGGGCAGUCUGGCUGCCUUGGAGCGGCGCCAGGCUGAGCGGAAGAAGGAGAUCAUGAAGGCUCAGAACCUGCCCAAGAUGUCCACCUCUCAGGCGCGCAAGACCAUGAUUGAGAAGCUGGAGAAGGAGGGCGGGAGCCUGGCAAGUCCUGUGGUGUCCCGGGUGGGAGUCCAGCGUUCUUCCAGCUUCGGGGUCCCCAAUGCUAACAGCAUCAAGCAGAUGCUUCUGGACUGGUGCCGCGCCAAGACCCGGGGCUACGAGCAUGUGGACAUCCAGAACUUCUCCUCGAGCUGGAGCGACGGCAUGGCCUUCUGCGCUCUCGUCCACAACUUCUUCCCUGAUGCCUUUGAUUACACACAGCUCUCGCCCCAGGACCGGAGACGCAACUUUGAGAUGGCCUUCUCGGCAGCAGAGAUGCUCGUGGACUGCGUGCCUCUGGUGGACGUGGAGGACAUGAUGAUCAUGGGGAAGCGCCCGGAUGCCAAGUGCGUCUUCACCUACGUGCAGUCCCUCUACAACCACCUGCGGCGUCAUGAGCUCCAGCUGCGGCAGUCACGCUUCUAGCCCACCCGCCCGGGGUUCGCCUCUUCUGGAGAGCCCCCACCUCCAAAAGGCCGGGGGGGCAGUAGAGGAGGGAGGGCUGCUUCCCCCACUGCCACUGCCUCCGCCUCCUCUCGUGCCUGCAGAGACCCUCUUCUGGGGGGGCAGCUUCCCCCCCGCAGGAGGUGGCAGUGGGCCAUUCGAGGGGCCCGAGGGGCCGGGCGGGGUGCCCCGCUCUGGAAAGGGGAUGGAGGGCUUGACUGCCGCUCUGCACCACACGUGCUUUUAUACCGAGAUUGUCUGGAUUGUUGCCUGUAAGUUAUUCUGUGUUUUAAAAAAAGCCUUUGGUCGCUUUCACAGAGCCCCCCCACCGCCCCCCCCGACAGUACAGCCACCCAAUCGCAAGGGACCCCGGGCUUCUUUCCCCCGUGCCUUUAAUCACCCUUUAAUCCAGAGGGGCCAAAUUGCCAUUUUUGAUGGGACGGAAGCGAGACGCAGUGGGCAUCAUGGCUGGGGAGCCAUCACGUUAACUGCAUUUAAUUAAACAUAGGUGAAAUGAAAUUUAUUUCCCCCCCCCCCCCCCAGUUGUGCCCCUGUUGCUCAGUGCCAUCUGGAGGUCUGGCCUGGCGUGUGAUCAGGGCUGGCCAUUGUGGUUUUCCGCAGCCUGGGUUACAAAGAAACCCAAGAGUGUAGAAAGCAGCAGCUGCUCCUUAAUUAGGGUUGGGUCCGUCGUCCUCCCCUUCCCCGUUCCAAAGAAAAUCUCAGUCCAGCCUGGCAGUUUUGGCACUGGUGGGUGCCAGUGCCAAAACACCUACAGCAGUGUUUCUCAACCGUCGCCAUUUUAAGACAUCAACUCCCAGAAGACUCCAGCCAGCAUUACAGCAAAGCAGUGCUGGCUGGGGUCUUCUGGGAGUUGAAGUCCACACGUCUUAAUAUGGUGAAGGUUGAGAAACACUGUGCUAGAGGAUGCUGGCUGGGUGGUUCGGGCAAUCCUGCGGUCACCCUAGCAGCAACUUCCAGAGUUUUGCUGCCAAGAUCCAGAUGGCCCCCAGAUGGCGCCAAAGGGGCACCAAACUAUGACCCUUUGCUGCCGCCACCCUUUGCAGGCAGGCCUAAUCUUAGCAGGCUGAGGGGACCAAGCCAUCCUGUUAAACCAAAGUACGAUUCAUGUGGGUGUUGCAUGCAACACGUGUAUAUUAGCUUAGGUUAAUGGGCUGUGUGAACCCAAGCGCUGGCUGGCGGUAGUGGUCCAGCAUUUCUGGGAAGGCUCCCUCUGGAGAUGUGGCUUGUUCCAGCUCGGUUCUGGCAGAGGCUUUUCUCCUCCCCACCCUCCGAGGGACCCCUCUCUCUGCUGAAGGGAAGCCAAGCCGGGGCUGCACGCAGACCUCCUUCAGGGUGGGGCGGUGUCCUUUUGCAUUCGCUCCAUCCUCCCCAAGGCCCUAGUGGCUCUGAGUUCCCACAAGCGAGGCCCAGACUUAGAACUGAGAGCAGCGUGUUUCACUCCAAGCCUUUGCACGCCUUUUGCCACAGAGAACACUUGCCUCUGGCUGCGAAAGAGCAGGACGUGGGAAGGAGCCGAGGGGCGGUCCUGCUCCCAACCCCCCAUCCCAAAUUAGCCUGCUUUGGUCUUCAGGGACAGGGCCUUUUGUGCCUGUGCAGAGACAGUGGAAGUGUGGACUUUUCUCGGUUCACAAGAAAACGUUGAAAGAGGGACAUUUUAAAAACAGUCCUGCGGUGGGAGGGCAGGCGCUCUGCACUGGCUCAGAGAUGCUCUUUCUGCCUGCAGUUCCUACCAACGGGUUAACAAGAUGCCACUUAGUUCCAUCGGCCUCUUGUCAACGGGCUGCGGAUGGGUCGUGCGUGCCUGCCAGCCCAGCAGGGCUUUGGCCAACUCCUUGACCAAGGAGGGGAGUUUCAUUCCUGGGCAUCCUCUGUGCAGCAGCUCCUUCUGUGGAUUCCCGCCGGGAUGCUCUGCUCCUUCUGGUACCCACCUCCCCACCGUGAGCUGCUUUGCCCGUGUCCCCCGGUGACUCAUAACUGGGGCAGGCCAGCUUUGGGGGGUGGAAACAGGACAAUGGAGUGUGCCCCUCUGCACCGCUGGCCUCCCCCUGGGAUGGUAGCCCUUCUCACACCAGCACAAGAGUGUAUCAGCACCAGCAAGACAAUAAACGUUUGGAU